AGCUGCUCGAUGGAUGUGAAAUGGUGUCUCCUUUGCUCGCAUCCGACUCGUCUACCACGCGGAGGGUCUCCACACUCUUGGAUCCGAAGACUUUCUUCAACCGGUUAUACCUUAAGCUAUUAGCUAAUCGUGAUUGCGCGAAUAUCACAUCCGCUGAUGAUCUAGCCAGUUUGUUUCAAAUGGUCUAUCAAAACAAGCUUGGUGCCACGUUACCUAAGCUCACACAUCUGGAGCACACAGCCGCUGAUAUUAUUGCACAAGAUUUGAUCAAUCUGCGUCGAUGGAUAGAGUCCCGGAAUAUGCAUCGACUGUAUUUGUUUGCUGGCAAACAGGCAACUUUCGAAGCCUGGAGAGAGGUGGUUGAAGUCAGCUUUUGGAUUCUUGCCAAGAGUUCUACUACUCCUACCUUGUCACUUCAACCGUCCUCCUCUGUGCUAUCCCAUCUAGGUGAUAUUGGAAGUCUGGCUGACCAGUAUCUUAGCUCAUCCAAUUCUUUCCGAGGAAGUGGUUUUCACACUCUGUGCUUGGCGGUGUUAAAUCAGUUGCUCACUGAGCUUUGCGUCACUGAACAUUGCCCCCCGUCCAUACGUUUGCUGGCGUCUGGUACCCUUUUGCACAUUGCAUCAUUCCUCAAUUCGGAUGAUUUGGCCUUCGAUUGCGGUGACAACUCUUCAGCAUUGAGUGUGAAAGAAUUGGCUGGCCAACUCACUCGAAUUGUCUACUCCCUAACUGAGUUGCUCCUACAGACAAAACCAUCGUCACAGCGAAUGCGAGCGAAUCUGUAUGGCUGUUUGGGCUACUUACUCCGAUUCGGACGCUUCAUGGCCUCGCAGGAAAAUCGAGACUCCCGUGGCACCAGUCUCAUCCUCCCGGAAUGUUUAUCAGCCAUGCAUUCGGCCGCCAACCCGUCCUCACACUGGGCACGAACUAACGUUGCCCACCUCACCGAAUUGACAGAUGCGUUUGCUCUUCAUUGCCUCCUGGUUUGCGAUCUGAUUCAGAGCCAUGCAAUCACACAGAUGGCUGCGUUCACCUUCUCAGAACUCCUGAUUACUUUUGAUCGAUCCACUCGAGAUUUGACCUCAUUUCUGUGUCAACGGACCAUUUUACAACACCUAGUUGAUAGUACUAUCGAAGAUCUGGCCUCCGUGGAAUCUUUUAUCACGUCUACUGCAUCAGGCUUCGCCGAUGAAAACGAGUGCGUUGUCGAUGGAACGACCAACAUGUCCUCCGCCGCUAUCUCAGCUUUUCAUCUCUACCGUGCAAAAUUAUCUUUACUAUGUCGUUUGGCGACUACGACAAGUGGAGCUAAGGCUUUGAUUCUCAGCGGCGUCAUAAAUUCCCUGGCUGACCGUGCAAUAUUCUCUGCUUUUGAUGUGAGCAAUUUCUACGCCGAUACAUUGGACAUACUUUGUGGAACACCUGAACGCCAACACUGCAAAUGGUUAGACUUUUCCUCCGUUUUGCAUACGGUCACUCGAUUACAUUCCGAUAUAAAUGUACUCCCUGAUACCGCCAUAUUUCGCAAAUUACUGACUUCGGUGACCGAAAAGUCCCGGGAGGAAAACGAGGUUCAUCUUUCUUGGUCCGGUGUCGUGUUGCCAACCAUCGCUCUGUUGAAGUCCAUCUUGAUAACGCUGGGUCCCGCGCACUUAUGUGCCAAUCAGCAAGUUCUCAACUUUCUCUACACUCAUUCCGGAUCUCUCAUUACUGACGAAACCGCACUCGGCAACACGCUGUCAUACUUUCUAAAUCACUCGCCAGAUACUAUCAGCAGACGUGGUUUCAGCUGCCUAACUCAGUGGUUGGCUAUGGAAGUCUGCCUGACGGAGGUGUUCGUUUUGAUCUCCUGUACUCAUAUCGCUGGACUGGAUGAAUUUUCCGCCUUACAACGCGAAGUGGUCCAAUCCCGGAUUAUUCGUCAUGUUCUCUGCCUUCUUCCCGCGAUUUUCUUGGAUGACCCAUCGGUCAUUGGUCGCUCUGCGACGGAAAAACCGUCUCCUCAUCGUGGUACACUGGGAUUGGAAUAUCUGCUGUGUGAAACUCAGCAAGUACAACUUAUGCACCAGCUCAUUUCUGUGUGCGUAGCCGCGGGAGGUGGUUCUGAACUCACAACCGUCGGAUCCAAAUCGACGAAAGAACGUGUUCUAGGUACACUGAUGGGGCACUUAAUCAACGUUGAUGCGAAGGAUCCUCUGGCUAGCAUGGUUUUGUUCAUGCAGGCAUUGUCAUGGUCUCUGGCUCGCCUAUCGCGUUUCGAAGAGUUGUGCUGGUGCCUCUCAAAUCUCAGCCUCUUCGAACAAUCCGAUGCAGCCGAGUCAUCUGAAGGCUUACCGAAAGGCGAGGAUCGCUACACUGAGAAAGUUUCCACUCACAUUCUGCACCGACGUAUGCCUUUUAAAAACGGAAAGCUCACUACGAACGAAUUGCGCCAGGCAUACAGCAUUAUCUUCAAUGGUGAUUCAACCACGUCCGCUCCAGCUACCAACUCUUCCGGAAUCGAUGGAUACCAGCGCGAAUUGUCUUACCUGCAAGCAAAUGUCUCCGUAGGCCUUUGCCUUAUUCGGGUGCAGCUGCGGUUUCUAGCCACAAUGUGCCAGAAGAUCGCAUAUAUUAUAUGGCGCUACAUGGAUUAUUACAUGAAUAGUGUCGAGAGCCCCACAAAACAGACUCUUACACCGGUCGUACCACAGUCAUUGUCCAUUCGCCGAUUAGGAAGUGACUCACUUGCAGGAGCACUAUCGACCAAGAGCCCUCGUCGUACGGAUCUUACUGAUGGCCAAAAGGCCGAAUUGAAACCUGAUCGGUCAACAAUCAAGCAACGCUUGCCCUCUCUUCUCAAACCGGAAGUCAUGACUGGUUUAGCCCGUUUAUCCGAGGCGUCCUAUUUGAACCCGAAUGAACGACUAUUUAUCCAAGUCAUGAAGCAUCGACUUGAGAGGCUAGUUCCGAGGACAACUGCGGAAGGAUAAACGCGCCAGCUGCAUUUGUUGUUCUUCAGAUCUGUUCCUUAAGCUGCUAUUUUCAAAUUUUGAUAUAUGUAUAUGACCUGUCCCU